UUCUUCCGUUUCCACGACAUGGAAACUUGAUGAAAUUCGAUAACUUAGUUUCACUUUAGAAAAACCAUGUAAGCGGGAAACUGGACGAAAGCCUUUACAAAGCACUUUUCAAGAGACAACCUCCUUAAAAGUGGAUGUUUAUUUAUGAAAAUUACAACUGAAAUGGUGUAAAAUCAAAUCGCAGUUGAAAUUUGAACCUGAUCUUUUUUAAAUCUAUUUUUUAAAAUAGAAAUUGUAGAAUUGAAAUCGAAAAAUAUAGUUCGAAAAUUAAAAACUGAAAUUCUAAAUUGAGAUUGAAAAUUGAAUCUAAAAAUAGAAUUAGCUAAAGUCAAAAGAAUUUAUUUCUGAACAUAAAACUGGAAAAUGAGCCUUUAAUCCAAGAAUUAUGCUUCUGUAUGCUGCUGUGUUUUGUGUUACGUUUAGUUUAAGUGCAUCGACGAACCGGUUAAUGGAAGAUGCGAUUGUGAAAUAUUUAUCAACUAAUGAAGCUUUGCAAGGUAAGGCUGAGAUAGUUUUUCUAUUGGAUAGAUCUGGAAGUGUUGGUGCAGCUCAUUUUGAAGAAGAAAAAGGGUUCGUGGAAUCUUUUUUGACUCAUAUUGUUGUGGAUGUCAAUGCAACACGUGUAGCAGUAAUCAGCUAUAGUGAUACAACUAAAAGACACAUUGACUAUCUGCAAUCUCCAAAGACAAAAUGCAUCCUGUCGCAAGAAAUGCAGGAUGUAGUAUUCAAGGACAGUGGUGCGACCAACAUAGCUGCAGCUCUCGAUGAAGCGUAUGAAGUGUUUAGAAAUGCCCGCCCUAAUAUAAACAAGGUUCUAGUUUUAAUUAGUGAUGGUCUUGCUACCAGAGGAGGUGAUCCUGUUCCAUAUGCUCAACGACUUAAGAACUCGGGAGUAGAAAUAUUUUGUUUCGGAAUCGGUAGAGCAUUAGAGUCUGAACUCGAGUUGUUAGCAAGCAGUAAACAACAUGUAUUCAGCAGCUCUGGAUUCAGAGAAUUCAAGAGAUUGGCGAGAAGAAUUCGAGGAGAUCCUCAUGAAAUGUCAUGGUCCGGAGGGAACAAGCCAAACUGCGACCAUUUAUGUGAUAGCCCCUACAGAGGUGAAUCCAUAGAUCCUGGCUGCUGCGACCACGAAGCUGUGUGCUCAUGUGCCUUACGAUCCGGCAUUCAUACAUGUGUUUGUGGACCUGGUUAUUAUGGUCUUUCGGGUUUAAUGGGCGAAUGCAAAGCUUGUCCUGUAAGUACUUACAAAUCAAAGUUAGAGCCUACUCGAUCGUGUACACCUUGUCCAGGUAGUUCUACUACGAUGAAAUUAGCAAGUACCAGUAUCAAAGACUGUGUUUGUAAGGAAGGCUAUACUGGAAAUCCAGCCAAUGGAAUCGAUUGCAAAAAGGUCACAUGCCCCCCACUUCAGCCCCCGACACAUGGAUUCAUUUUGGGAAUCUGCGAAAAAACAUACGGAUCAGAGUGCCAUUUUAUGUGUGAAGAUGGUUAUGAGCUUCUGAAUAAAAUGGAAGACAUUAGAGUUUGCCAAAAGGAUGGCACAUGGUCUGGAAAAAUGUCCACUUGCGGCAUUGUGCGAUGUCCUGCCCUACCAGCACCACGAUAUGGCCGAAAAUAUUGCGAAGCUGAUGCCAACAUGGCUGCGGGAACGAAAUGCAAGUUCAACUGCUUAGCUGGCUUUACUCUUCAUGGUUCCGAAACAAGGGAAUGUUUGCCGACUCGACAUUGGUCCGGCACUGCUGCCACCUGCCAACCUAUAACAUGCAAUACUCCACCACCACUUGCACAUGGCAGAAUCAUUAACUGUGAUUAUCAAAAGAAGCCAGAGUUAUUUCAAACCUGUUUGUACCAAUGUAAUAGUGGCUUUGAAUUGAAAGGCACUUAUUACCUGACAUGCCGUGAAAAUGGCAAAUUAUUGGAUGGAUAUAAAAAAGAAAGUAAACCAAUCUGCGUCGAUGUAACACCUCCGGACUUUCCGUGUUCUGCACCAGUGUGGGUAAGCGCUUCGAAAGGAAGAAACGGCACUACCGUAUCUUGGAAAAUACAUUACCCGACAGAUAAUAGUGGCUUUCCACCAAAACUCUAUACGACACCUUAUGGCAUCACCUCUCCAUCUUACUUUAACAUCGGUGCACAUACUAUAAAAUAUACAGCAGUUGAUACAUCCGGAUUAGAGUCACAUUGUGACAUGAAAAUAGUAGUGACAGAUGACGAACCGCCAACUGUAAUGAUGUGUCCACGAGAUAUUGAAAUAUCUACAAAUAGUUAUAAAGAAAUCGUUACAUGGAAAAAACCAUGGUUUGAAGACAAUAGUGGAAAACCGUUGAAGAUUACACAGACUGCCUACUCUGGUCAAACAUUCAGCAUUGGAACGCAUACUGUUUCUUAUAAGGCCGUUGAUGAAAACCAGAAUGAAGAGUCGUGUGUUUUUAAUAUAUUGGUCAAACGAGUAACUUGUCCAUAUUAUCCACCUCCUGCAAAUGGAGCAUUUACAUGCAAUGAUUGGUUGCAUGGGAAAAUGUGUCAAACAUAUUGCAACUCGAAACAUGAGUUUACCGAGAAGCCAGCCAAAUGGUACAUCUGCAAUUCCAAAGCACAGUGGCAAACAAUACCUAAUAAUUAUCCAGUCCCCUGGCCCGAUUGUGCUCGUCAAACGAUUCCGACAAAAGUGAAAUUGAUGUUGUCAGGUUUUUAUUACCAUGGAAGUUGUAAUAAUGAACAUGUUCAGAGAGACAUAAAAAAGAUGUUCAUGAACCAUCUACAAACACUUAAAGAAGCUGAAUUGUGUGUAGAUAAAGGGACCUGCUCCUUCAAAACAGUUAAAGUUCAGUGUGGAAAAGAGAUGAUUUCCUCGCCACGAAGACAUAAAAGAGACGUAUGGGAGUAUGCAGAGAAAGAAGAGCUGGAGCUAGAGUUUGAAAUUACUAUCAAUGUUGAUCACGAACUAAACGAUACUGAGGCUGUACUUCAAAACUUUUUGGAGACAAUUCAGAAACUUAAUUGGGAAUUGAGUGAAGAUUUGAAUUUUCAAACAACAACUAUUGAUCCGGUUUCGAAUCUUUAUGAAUCUAACCAGAACAUGAGUCUUACUGGAAAAUUAGUUCUCACAGAUGAUAAAACAUUUUUCGAAUGUAAACCAGGAUCAGUUCUCAAUGAUAAUAUAUGCGUCUCCUGUGCUCCCGGAACUUUUUAUGAUAAUUCAACCCAAGAAUGCUGGGACUGUCCAUUAGGUCAUUUUCAAGAAUUAGAAGGCCAACUAUCAUGCAGUAAGUGUCCAGAUGGAAUGAGUACGCUGUAUCGACGAUCCAGAAACCAAACCGAUUGCAGAAGUAUAUGUCUUUCUGGUACAUAUUCGCCUACAGGACUUGAAACAUGCAUGGCAUGUCCCAUCGGAACUUAUCAAGAACAUGUGGGCCAAAAGAUGUGUGACUCAUGUCCAGAAUUAAAGACGACCGCGAGUCUUAAAUCUACUUCAUUCUCUAACUGCAAAGAUAUUUGCAAACCAGGAACAUUUUCAGAAUCUGGAGUAGUGCCUUGCGCGCCUUGCUUUAGAGGAUACUAUCAAUCUCUAUCGGGUCAAACAAAAUGCAUAGAGUGUCCAGCUAAUUUCUCUACUGUUAACAGUGGCUCUACGAACUCAGAUGAUUGCGAAGAUUUGGACCCUUGUUCAACUCAAGAUAUUUGCCAGAAUGGUGGUCAGUGUAAACGAGUUGGUCGAGACGCCAUGUGUAUUUGCAAAAGCGGUUAUGAAGGAGUCCAUUGCGAAAAUGAUGUCAAUGAAUGUGAAAUGGAACCCUGUUUCAAUGAUGGAUAUUGUAUGAAUGUAGAGGGUUCUUUUUAUUGCAACUGUACUAAUGGUUUUGCUGGAUCAUUAUGUGAAGAGGAGUUUAAUGAAUGUUCAUCUUCACCAUGCCUCAAUGGCGGGACAUGUUCAGAUAAAGUGAACGAUUAUGAAUGCUUUUGUGCAGCGGGAUACGAUGGAUCGAACUGUGAAAUAAAACUUGAAGUAUGCUAUCAUGAUAUCAUCUGCUUAAAUGGUGGGUUAUGCACUAUUGACGCAGAAACAAAUAAUACAUUUUGUGAAUGUAAACUUGGAUAUGAUGGAAUAGAUUGUUCUGUGGAUAUCGAUGAAUGCGUAAAUAUCACAUGUUUGAAUAAUGGAAGUUGCAUUGAUGAUAUUGCAUCAUAUAAAUGUGCCUGCGCGGAUGGUUUCACGGGUCCAGUAUGCGAGAUAGAUAUUGAUGAUUGUUUAGGAAAUCAAUGUUCCAGUGGAUCAACCUGUGAAGAUUUAAUUGGCUCGUAUAAGUGCGUUUGUCCACCUGGCUAUAGUGGCAUAUACUGUGAAAUCAGAUUGGAUGAUGAUUUCAUCUUAAAUUUCCCAGAAUCUGCCGCCACAAUUGCCAAUAUGGCAACCAUGACACUCAAAUCACCCAUGUCAGAUGUCACAGUAUCUAUGUGGGUUCAAACAAAUGAUACUAAUCACGCAGGCACUCCACUAUCAUAUGCUGUGGCAUCUACUAGUAGUACUGAUGAAACUGGAAAUGUAGUUGACAAUGCUCUCACCAUCAGUGACUGCUCAGGACUACAUGUCUACGUCAAUAAUGAACCGUUGGUGACAGAUGUUCAAGUAGCAGAUGGCCAGUGGCAUCAUUUGGCAUUUACUUGGUCUUCUGAAGACUCUGGAAAAUGGGUUUUAUUCAAGGAUGGUAAACUUCAGUCUGAAGGAAAAAACUUACAACCUAAUAGUUUCAUCAGAGAAGGGGGAAUAAUGGUGAUUGGACAAGAACAAGAUGAAGUAGGAGGAGGAUUUAGUCCCAUGGAAACAUUUGUUGGAAAUAUUACCCGGGUUAAUGUUUGGAAUGAAUAUUUUUCAAAGAGUAACAUUACUAGACUUUGUAAUAUCGAUGAUGAUAUUCCAGGCAAGGUUGUAGCAUGGCCUGAUUUCUUACAAGGAUUGAAAGGCAACAUCAAUGUCAUUAAAAAUGAAAAGCCUUUUGUAGAAAUAAAAAAUAACCUGUAAAUAUGUACAAAACUGAAAUUGUAAAUUAAAAGAAAAAUAUUUGUAACUUUUAAUUAAUAAAAU